AUGCUCUCAAAUCAAGGAGAGGAUUCCCUCUCUCGGAAUAGCACGUCGGGAGGAGCAGUUGGACAGGUUAGCUCCUCGACUCCUCCUCCUCACCAUCAUCAUCAUGAGACUCAUCAUCAAGGACAACAAACAUUGAAGAAAUCUAUUUCAUUGGAUUCCAUUCAAUUAACGUCUUCCUCCUCAUCGGAGAGUGAUAAUUCCGAUCACGAGGAAGGAUCACCACGUGUGGUCUCAUGGUCAUUGUAUCCUCCGAAUAAGAUUUCUCCGAGAAGAAGAGGAGAUAAUCUUGAGGAUUUUGUAAAGCAGAGUAAUAAUAUGAACAACAACAGAAUAUCAAGUGUAGAUUCUUCGAGUGAUACCUUGUCAGUGUAUGGAGGAGGUGUUCCGCUCUAUUUACCUUCAACUUCAACGGAGAGUGAUCGAAGAGAAUUGAAAUAUUUGAAAUACAAACGAAGAUACAAAUCACCAAAACCAAAUGAAGUGCGAAACAAGACAACCGAUCAAUUGAUUCGUUUGGGAUACUCUAUGAGAAAGGAAAAUAUCAAACGCUCUAUUAAGGAAAUCGCAAAACAUCCUGGAAAAACUAUUGAAAACAUUCAAGCAAAGAAUGUGAAAAAAUCUCUCAUUUCAUUCAUCAAAUAUUUGCCUCAUAUCAUUAUUUACUUUUUUGUAAUUAUUAUUUAUUUUAGAGAUGUCAUUUUGAAUUAUUUUAGAUUUUCACAAUGGCCAUCAGUCAUUUUCAUUCCAUUCAUGCUGGUAAUCGGAAUUCAAAUUCAUGCAUGGGUCGUUUGGUUUAAAGAAGUUUUGAACAUUGUCAUAUUUUAUAAUUUAAUUUCGUUUGCUAUAUUGGGUUGUGCAAUACUUUAUUUUGGUGACUGGAUUUUAGUACACCUAUUUCCAAAAUAUACUGCGCAAGCUCUUGAUGGUCACAUUCUAGAAACAACAUUGACCAAAUUUUAUUCGGUUCCUGUAACUCACAGUUUUGAUAUUCCCAUGUUCAGUUUGAUGCCCUUCUACAACAAAACAACACCAAUUUAUUUGAAGAAGCUUAGACAGAAAGCAGAAAUGACCGGAUACGUCUCAUAUGCCAUUGACCAAAAUAAUAUAUCUGCUGAAGAGAAAGACGAAUUACUUGACGACAAGGAUUUAAAACGAUUUAAGAGAAAACUACUGUAUGAUAAGCAACAUCAAUAUCCUUUUGAUUUAUUCCGUAAAAUUGGGAAACUCGUAACCAUAAAAAAGAAAGGAAAGAUUUCAAUAAGUGACGAAGAAUUGUUGGAAAGAAUUACCAAGUUAGCUGAACGUGGAAUGCGAGAUUUGGGUGAUACCGAUUACGGCAGCGAUCUCAUGAAACAAAUUACUCCCUACCGAGAUUGGUUUCCAAUUCACAAGAAUUGUCGUCUUACAUUGUAUCACGAUGCUCAUCAUUCUUUAAAUGGAAGAAAUGCCUUUGAAGACAUGUAUGACGCCAUUGAAAAUGCCAAGCAGCUUGUCUAUAUCACAGGAUGGUCAAUCAAUCCCCACAUCCGUCUGAAACGAGAUGCUCCUGAAGAUUCCAAAGAAGCAAGAACACUUGGACAGCUGCUCAUUGAUAAGGCGAAUGAAGGUGUGUCUGUUAAUAUUAUUCUAUGGAAUGAAACAGGAAGUACCAUAUCAUCGAACAUGGAUACAAAUGAUGGAGAGACAAUUCAAUAUUUCCAAAAUACUCGUGUAGUAGCUGUUCUUUCACGACGAUCAGGAUAUACAGGUCUCAUCUUUUCACACCAUCAAAAAACAUUAAUUUGUGACAAGUUUAUUCCAGAGAAGAACAAGAGAACUGUUAUAGCAUUCAUUGGAGGACUGGACUUAACAAAAGGGCGCUAUGACACGCCGGCACACCCUCUCUUCUCAACUCUCGAUUCGUAUCACAAGGACGAGGUUUACUCGUCUCGCCCACUCGAAGUGAAACAUUUGGGACCCCGUCAACCUUGGCAUGACAUUCACUGCUUAGUGGAAGGGAAGGUUGCAUUUGAUAUUUUACAAAAUUUUGAAGAACGAUGGACAGCGCAACUUGGAGUCUCACUACCAAAACGGCCACCCACCUACGCUGAAAAUUUCAAGGAAAACUCAUGGUGUGUACAAGUUUUUCGAUCAUGUGACUCGGACUCGAUCAGACCUUUCGCUAAUAGUUUUACUGUUUUCCCAAGAAUUCAAGAAGCAUAUAUUAGUUUGAUCCAAAGAUCCAAAAGGUUUAUCUAUAUCGAAAAUCAAUAUUUUUGUGGCUCUAGUUUUUUAUGGGAGAAUCGAUUGGAUGCUCAAUCACUGAAUAAUAGAAUACCUUUCGAAAUUCUUGAAAAAAUUCAUGAGAAAAUUCAAAGUGGAGAACCUUUUACAGUGUUCAUUGUGAUUCCAUUAUUCCCCGAUGGAUUUAAUUCUCCAGAGAAUCAAUUUCAACAAGAACAAAUUUUCUUCACCUACUCAACCAUAAAAAGCAUGUACAAGAUUAUUGGAGAGAUGAUUGAGAAGACCCAAAUGAAGAGUUAUAGACCUACUGAUUUUUUAAAAUUCUUUUGUUUAGGUCAAAGAGAAGAAUGUGAGAAUUUGCAAGAAAAACUGGAGAGUGUGACCAAGCAUUCACCACAAUACAAAAUGCUCAAAGCUCAACGAAGUAUGAUUUAUGUUCACUCUAAAAUGGCCAUUUUCGACGAUGAAUAUAUUAUAGUGGGAUCUGCAAACAUUAAUGAGAGAAGUUUGUCUGGUGACAGAGAUACUGAAAUUUGUAUUGGCGCCUUUCAACCGCGCGACGAUUCAACAUCAGCAGAUGAAGCUUGUGAAAUUAAGAAAUUCAGAAAAAAUUUAUUUUGCGAGCAUUUGGGGCGAAAUUCAGAAUGCAACGAUUGGGAAGAUCCUCUUGAUUUGUUCACACAACGUAAAAUUGAUGAAAUUGCAGAAAUUAAUUGGGAGAGCUUCAUAGCUGAGGAAUUUACUCCCAUGCAUUCACAUUUGAUGCAUUAUCCAAUUAUUGUUGAAAAUGAUGGAACUGUGAAACCAAGAACAAAAUAUUUUCCAGAUACGAGAGGUCGAGUGGAGGGAGUGAAAAAUUGGUUGUCUCCUGAUAUUUUGACUCAAUAA